CCAAUACCCCCCCCCCCCUCAAUAGCCAAGAGCAGCACCAAGGAGGUGGAUCACACCGUGUUCUGCCCCGUUCACAAGCAGGAGCCGCUCGUGAUCUUCUGUGACACGUGUGACACGCUGACGUGCAGGGACUGCCAGCUCAACGUGCACAAAGACCAUCAGUAUCAGUUCCUUGAGGACGCGGUGAAGAACCAACGCAAGGCGCUGGCCACGCUGCUCAAAAGCCUCGGGGACAAACACGCCAACCUGCAGCAAUCCACAAAGGAAGUCUGCAGCUGGUACGUGCCCCCCCCACCCCUAUGGGGGGCUUUUAUCCCCAGAGGGUUAAUGGGGUAUCCCCCCUAUGCUAUAAGGGUUAAUGGGGUAUCCCCCUAUGCUAUAAGGGUUAAUGUGGUAUCCCCCCUAUACUAUAGGGUUAAUGUUUACCCCCUUUUUGUGCCCCCCCGCCAGAUCCACUUUCAGCUCCAACGUGCGCUGAAGAUGAUCGUGGACCCAGUGGAGCCACAGAGCGACAUGAAGUUCCAAUGGGACCUUAACGCCUGGACCAAGAGCGCUGAGAGCUUCGGCACCAUUAUAUCACAGAACGGCCUCCUCCCCCCAGCCCUCAGCCCUCAGCCUCCAUCUGCCAGCCCCACCUCGGGCUCCUCGCAGGUACCAUGGGGAGGGGGGGAUGGCAGCAGAGGGACAUCGGGGCCCACAAUGGCGUCAGGCACCGAAACCAGAUUAAAGCAAAGGUGCGUGAUCGAAUUCCUCCACGCGGAACGAGUGGCCCCCAUUGACAUCUAUAGGCGCCUCGUUAACGUCUAUGGGGAGCUGACGGUGGAUGUCAGCACGGGCUUAGUGGGGCUCCCCCCCCACAUCCUGACCCCCUUCCUAUUCCCCCCCCAUAGCACACAGCCCUCGGGCUCUGCCGUGCUCCGCAAGGUGCCCCGUGUCAGUUUGGAGCGCCUGGAUUUGGACCUGUCGGCUGAAUCCCAACCUCCCGUGUUCCGCGUGUUCCCCGGGACGUCGGCUGAGGAGUUCAGCCUCAUCGUCAUCGAACGGGGGGGGGCACAGCCACAACCUGCUCCUCCUGCACCCCCACCUGCCAUCAAAGAGGAACAGAAGGAAUUACCCAUAGAGAACACAGAGGACACCAAACCUUUACUCCUCCCCCCGGACCCUCACGUCGGGGUGACGAUCAAAGGGGCUGAGCCCCCCCCUAUGGCCCCCCCCGACGUGGUUCCUGCAGGGACCCAUAGGAACGUGUCCUGCUGCCGUGUGUGCUGCCAGGCCGGAGCUGUGGUCAUGUGUGACCUGUGUGAGCGCUGCUACCACCUCGACUGCCACCUGCCUGCACUGCUUGUGGUACCCAGCCACGACUGGCGCUGCCUGCUGUGCCAGGACCUGCCCCCCCCCACGGAAGGGCUCAGCAAUGGGGGCAAUGAGGAGGGACGGCCCCAAACUCUGAGCCCCACAGACCAGCAGAAGUGUGAGCGGGUGCUGCUGGAGCUGCUGUGCCACGAGCCCUUCCGGCCCCUCCAUCGCCUGUCCAGCUCCACAGAGAGCAGUGACGCCAUAGACCUGACGCUGAUCCGCGCUAAGCUCACAGGGAAGCUGUCCCCGUCCUACAACAGCCCGGAUGAUUUUGCAGCUGACGUCGUUCGUAUGAUCCAACAGUUCAACAGCCUCACAGAGGUAAACAUCAACGAGCUGAACCUACCCAAGACGUGUGAGAUCGACUUCUCAGACCAGGACGACCUGCUGCACUUCCGCCUCCUCAUCUGCCCCGACGAGGGUUUCUACAAGGGAGGGAAGUUCGUCUUCAGUUUUAAGGUUGGUCAGGGUUACCCCCACGACCCCCCGAAGGUGAAGUGUGAGACGAUGGUUUAUCACCCCAACAUCGACCUGGAGGGCAACGUCUGCCUCAACAUCCUCAGGUGA